UCCCGGCAAUGGCCUCUCUCCCCAUCCCAUCUCCUCUCUCAGAUCAGGAAUAGGAGCCAGCCACUGUCGCUGUGGCUGGAAGUACUUCCGACACUAUUGUUACAAGUUCUUCCCCCAAAGGAUGACCUGGUCAGACGCUAAGUGUCAGUGUCGCCGGAAUGGGGCCCGUCUCGUCUCCAUUCUCUCUGCGUCAGAAGGGAACAUGGUGGCCAGACACAUCAUCCCGCCAUGCACCAAUGAUGCUGUGUGGAUCGGACUCCAUGACCCCAACCACAACAAAUGCUGGAGGUGGACAGAUCACUCCCGCUUUUGCUACACUAAUUGGAGAAUUGGGGAACCAAACAACCAGGGUGGCAAUGAGUACUGUGGUGAGCUGUGGAGACAAACAGGUUUUAAGGAAUGGAACGAUGCUAACUGUAACAAUCGAAACCCCUUCGUUUGCAAGUAUCGACGCUAGCGAGGGGAGUCACUCGCCUGCGCCUGACGUGGGAGCUCAGCGCCUGGGAUGCAAAAGAACUGGGCUCCUUGGCGGUGAUCAGACAACGACCCAGACUUUCCGAUGCUUUUGCUGCUUCAAGGGCCAGUCCCCUCCCUCCCUGAGAGACCAGAUCUCUCUUCCCCAGCUGCAAACUCUCUUCCCCCAAGCGUCUCUGUUCGAGUUACACUCCUGCCCCUUCCCUCCCUUCCCCUCAAUGGCUGCAGCCCACUCCAAGAAUAAACUCUCCUGAGCAUGCA